CAUCAUCCUAGCCCUGUGAUGACCGUCAUACCGGGUUCCACUCAGUUUAUCUAUCUUAUGAUCCAAAAUUGUCCGCCUGCAUAGUUGUACCACAAGCUGACAUGGCGCGGGGCACUGCAUCCUACACACUUCGCUGGGGAUAUCAGUCAGAUUUAAUUCUAUACUAAAGAGUCCCCCAUUGCGGGGUUGCCCACCUUGCCAUACUUGCAACCGUUCCAUCUACCUCCUUUCCACUACAUCACUCUCCAACCCACACUCAACAGAAAACCAUCUAGUUAUAUACAUUUAAAAAAAUGACGAACGACCCCAAAACCCCCGAAGCGAACCCUUCGCCCCUCCCCCCCAUUACCGCCUGCAUAACAGGCUACAACCCCCAAACCGGUCAAUCGAUCAUCGAGCGGGACACCCUCACCGAGAUGCAACCCGUCCCAGACCAAGGCAUGGCCUUCAACGUAGUCUACACAAACUCCAUGCGGCCUAACCUCGCCAACGAUGCCGACCUCGCCGCCCACGACGCCACCGUGGCGUCCGACAAGCUGGGAGUGGUCGCUCCCAACGGCACGGUCUGCCGCGUGGUGGACUUGGCGCCGGGGAGCUCGUGCGUUAUGCAUCGCACGCGCAGCCUCGAUAUCGGCGUUAUUAUGGAGGGAUCGAUUGAGAUGGUGCUUGAUUCGGGGGAGAAGAAGGUGCUGGGGAGGGGGGAUAUCGUUGUGCAAAGGGCGACUAUGCAUGCGUGGGCGAAUACGAGCCAGACGGAGUGGGUGAGGAUGAUGUUUAUUUUGCAGGAUGUUGAGCCGUUUAAGGUUGCGGGGAAGGAGGUUGUUGAGGAGUUGGGGACGGCGGCGGAGUUUGUGAAGUCGAGUGGGAAUUGAUUGUAGGCUGGUUUGGGUAUUUGUUUGAUUUGAUAUUUGGCUAGUUGUGGGUCUGAUAGGGAGCGUAGCCAUGAAUUUGUUGUGUAGUGACAUUAUCUGCCAUGCAGAUAGUACCCAUGUCUUUAUAUUAUAUAUAUCACCAUCUUAUACUAUGCUUGAUCUAGAAGAAACAUAGUCCAAGAACAAAGGAACCGAAUGCCCACACCGACACCAUCCUCGGCCCAACCCUCCCCACGCCACCCU